AUGCAACUUCAACUUUCCCUCCUAGCUCUUGCUUCUUCAGUUCUCGCUGCCUACGUUCCUUCUGAACCAUGGACAGACUUGAAGCCAGAAGGCCUUUUCCCAAGCGGAACCACAGAUUACUCUGCCAAGUUUGGUAUCCAGAUUGUGACACUUUCCAGCACCGAAGCUGCUGCAGAAACCGUGGCUGCCAAGAGAGAAGUGGUUAACCAGAUUGGCGAUGGUCAGAUCCAACAUCAGUCUGCCACCACUACGGCUUCAGUGAUUAACCAGAUUGGAGACGGCCAGAUUCAGCACCAGACGGCUCCUCCAGCCACGCCGGCUCCUACUGAGACAGCUAAGGUGAUUAACCAAAUUGGCGAUGGCCAAAUUCAGCAUCAGACCGCUUCGGUGGUGAACCAGAUCGGCGACGGUCAAAUCCAGCAUCAAACUGCUUCUGUGGUUAAUCAAAUUGGCGAUGGCCAGAUCCAGCACCAGACUGCUUCUGUUAUUAACCAAAUUGGAGAUGGCCAGAUCCAACACCAGACUACUGCUGCUGCUGAUGUUAGUCAAAUUGACGAUGGUCAGAUCCAGGCCACUGACGCUCCUGCUGCUCCUGCUGCUCCUGAAGGCGAACAGAACGGUAUUCCAAAAGCUUGCAUUGGUAACGACAACUUGGCCAUGACUUUGGAAAAGUCUGUUUUGAGAGAUGGUGCUGGCAGAAUCGGUGCUAUUGUUUCCAACAGACAGUUCCAGUUUGAUGGUCCUCCACCACAGGCUGGCUCCAUCUACGCUGCUGGCUGGUCCAUCACUGAAGACGGUCUUUUGGCUUUGGGCGAGGGCACUGAGUUCUUCCAGUGCAAGUCUGGAGACUUCUACAACUUGUACGACGAGAACAUCGCCGAGCAAUGUGAGCCGGUGCACUUGAGCAUCAUCGACUUGGUGCAGUGUUAG